UUUUCACAAUGAGCUCCAUCAGUGAAGCAACUACUAAAUUUGCCCUUGACUUUUUCAAAGUAUUGAACAAAGAUAGUCCAUCUGACAAUAUCAUCUAUUCUCCUCUGAGUAUCUCAGCUGCCCUGGGCAUGGUCCUUCUUGGGGCCAGAGGUAAUACUGCCACCCAGAUACAAAAGGUUCUUCGCUUCGCUGAACUUAGAGAAAAUGAAAAUCCAGGAACAGGAAGGUCUUCGGAAGCAACAAGUGAUGAGAAUUCAGAGAGCAGUUGCAGACUACCUCUUCAUCCCCAUCUGCCGGUUCCUGAUGAUCAGUGUGAUAUACCCGGAGGGAUUCAUUCCCAGUUUCAUGACAUCUUCUCAGCAAUCAACAAACCUACCACUUUCUACGAGCUGGCUAAUGCCAACAGACUGUAUGGAGAAAAGACAUUCAAUUUUCUUCAGCAAUACCUAUCCUGCAUACAAAAGUUAUACCAGGCUGAAUUGAAACCAGUUGAUUUUCAGAAUGCUGCAGAGGAAACCAGAAAGCAGAUAAAUUUGUGGAUUGAAACCUUUACCAAGGGUAAAAUCAAGGACUUCUUUGGCCCACAGGCUCUUUCUGGAGAUACUAAAUUAGUCCUCGUGAAUGCAGUCUACUUCAAGGGGCAAUGGGGAAAGGAAUUUAAGAAAGAAAACACCAAAGAAAGACCUUUUCAGAUUAACAAGACUACAAGCAAACCUGUGCAGAUGAUGUACCAGGAGAGCAGGUACAAAAUAGCUACAAUAGAGGAGCAUCAGAGUCAGGUGCUUGAACUCCCAUACAAGGGUGGUGACCUGAGUAUGUAUAUACUGCUGCCAAAAGACAACAUGGGUCUAACACAGCUGGAAAAGGAACUUACCUAUGAGAAAUUAACAACUUGGAUUAGCCCUGACCAUUUGAAAGAAGUUGAAGUGGAUGUGGCUCUUCCUCGGUUCAAAGUUGAGACAAGUGCUCAACUUAAAAAAUAUUUAGAGGCUUUAGGAAUGACCGAUGUAUUUCACCCAGGAGUAUCAGAUUUAUCUGGAAUGGCAAAAGAAGGUGACCUGUUUGUGAGUCAGGCUACCCAUAAGGCUUAUAUAGAGGUCAAUGAAGAGGGCACUGUGGCAGCAGCUGCAACUGGAACUGGCAUAAGUACAAGCAUACUAAGAAUACCUGUACAGUUUGUGGCUGAUCACCCUUUCCUCUUCUUUAUCAGACACCAAAAAACCAAAUGCAUUCUCUUCUAUGGUAGAGUCUCUUCUCCUUAAAGGAAAAUCUCUAAUUAACUCGCAAGAUCCUGGGUCACAGAAUUAUAGUACAGAAAAUACAACAGAAAUGUUAUUCUCUUCAUUUUCUCUUUUCCUUGCACUGUAUCUAGAUAGUGACUCCAUAGUAAUGGGUGAAAAUGCACACUAUACUCAUAGCAGGACUGUAACACUAGCACUACAGUCCGAUCUUGUCUGCUGUUUCCCUCCCCCGCAAAGUUGCUUCUGGUUCCUACUUAAAGAAUCUCCCACUUUCUCAGCACCUGAGGAAGGGCACCUCUGUUAAGUCGCAAAUCACUAGGAAUCUCCUUGAACCAAAGCUUAGAUAACUAGUAGUGAAAUAAAGAACUAUGAAUUUUAUUAAUCAUCCUGAACUGAAUGGGUAUCAAAACAAGCAUUGCCCAAACUCUUGCAUUGGAGAACCUGGCCCAGAGUUGUAGCAAUGUAACAGGUGAAUAAUCAGGCUCAUUGUUUUCACAGUUAUUGUUAUUGCCCUUCUGCCACCUUUACUACUUCUGGAGGAAUUCUGUGCCAAAAAAUUAAAAACUCUGUGCACAAUAUUUUA